AUGAGGGAGCAGAUUAAUGAUGUUCAAGCUGAACUUGAUCAACUGAACCGAGUUGCGGCAGAAAAGGACUCUUUGAUCAACUCAAUUCAGCUGCGGCUCUAUGAUGCCAAGAUGAAACUAGCAGACAAACAGGCUGCCUUGGACUCCAUGCGAGGAGAAUUUUCAUCAUUCGUGCCGUUGUUAAAUGGCUUGACGAAGAAUACUCGUAUCGUACGUGUCGAAGACUAUGAUGUCGCGUCGUAUCAUUUGGAGCAUCUCAUUUACAUAGACGACGAAGAUGAUAGGAAGAUACCAAAGAUCGAAGAAGCGAGGCGAGCUUACGCCGCCGCUCUCGAUGCGGCCAAAGAGAAGCAAGAUGAAGAAUCCCUUGCUGCUGAGCUAAUGCAAGGUUACAUCUCCAAUUUAUAA